AUGGCCAGCUCCUCAGACAGUGAUGAUGAUGGGUUCAUGGCCGUGGAUCCCGAAGACGCCGCGGCCGAAGGGCUGAUGGAACAGGACGACGAGCCCCACGCCGAGCUGGAGCUGGAGGAGACCAGGCACAACAGAUCCAUGGUGGAGCUCCCAGAAGAGGUUUUGGAAUAUAUUCUCUCCUUCCUUUCGCCUUAUCAGGAGCACAAAACUGCUGCCCUUGUCUGCAAACAGUGGUAUCGACUCAUCAAAGGUGUGGCCCAUCAGUGUUAUCAUGGCUUUAUCAAAGCAGUGCAAGAGGGAAACAUCCAGUGGGAGAGCCGCACUUACCCCUACCCCGGCACCCCCAUCACCCAGCGCUUCUCACACA